UGUCAGUCAAAUUUGGCAGUGUUUGUGGAAAGUAACACCAGAUGCUAAUAGGGGAACUAUUUUUUUCCCUGUUAACUGAUUUCUAACAAUAUAUUUAAAAGGUCAAACCAACUGUUUCCUGUAAAACAACACAAAAAACUCGAAAAAAAAUUAUAAAAACUGACAAAUUGGUUGUAAAACCCCAUUUAAGUGCUUUAAGGGGUAAAGUAAUUCAAGUUCGAUUGAAGCGUGGAAAACAGUAACAACCGAACAAGUAAAAACCAAUCCGAGCGUCAGCCCUGUGGGCAGCGAUAUAAUCCCUCCCAGGAGCGGCGCGAGCGCAGGGAGUCCCGGCUGCUGAGCGCUGCUGCUCAGAGGAGCGAUGGUGGAGGGCUGCUAAAGAUGGCCGCUCUCUCCGAGGAUGGGAGGUACGGAUUAAAUUGUGGCCAACAGAGCGCCGAGAGGGUCACCGUCUUACACGUCAAAUUGACCGAAACAGCGCUGAAGGCGAUAGAAAGCUACCAAAAUUCUGCGAGUGUACCCUCUUUGCAGCCUACUAUUCAAUUCAAGGGACUCCAAGGGCGCAUUAAAAUUCCCAGAACUGACGGCUCUUCAGGCAGUGUCAGCAAUUUUGAUUUCUACCUGUCUAAUGUGGGCAAAGACAACCCUCAGGGAAGCUUUGAGUGCAUUCAUCACUAUGUGUCGAGCUCAGGGGCCUCACACCUGGCAUUGUUGGCAACCAUACAGGAUAAGGUCACAGUGUGUGCAACCAAUGACUCCUAUCAGGUGACCCGGGAACGAAUGACCCAGGCUGUGGAGGACACACGUGAGCGUGGGACCAAAGUCAUCAAGCCUGGUGGCCAAUACAGAGGAAAACAAGUUCAUACCCGCAAGCCUGCCCUAUCUGCCCCAGAUGUAGUUCCAGAGCGCAAACGAUCCACACCCAUCAACCCAGCCAACACUAUACGCAAGUGUCUUUCCAAUAACCCUGUGUCGCAAAAGUCGCUGCGGGACCGCAUCAUCCACCUGCUGGCGCUGAAGUCCUACAAAAAGCUUGAAGUGCUCGGGCGUUUGCAGAGAGAUGGCAUCAACCAGAAGGACCGAAAUUCUCUGGGGACCACGCUACAACAAGUGGCAAACCUAAAUCCCAAAGACAACACAUACUCUUUAAAGGACUUUAUAUAUCGUGAUGUCCAGCGAGACUGGCCUGGAUACUCUGAAGAGGAGAAGACCCAAGUCGACCGAAUCCUGGCUCGAAAAUUGGGGCUUCCUAUUGAGUCGAGCUCAUCAAGUAAUUUGCCUAAAGACUGUGUUCCUGCAUCUUCCCAGAAACGUCAGGGUGAAUUUGACUUCAUUGAUCCCUUGGCUCCCAAAAAGCCCAGAAUCUCUCAUCUCACCAAUCGAGGGUCAGCAGCCUCCUCUUCCUCUGAGCGCCAUGAAGAAGAGGGCAGCCCCAGCUCCAAACCCCCUUUACUACCCCCCAGCGCCUCUUCCGGCCCGCCAUCCCAUCUGCCCAUCUCUUCUCACACUCUUGCACCCUCCCACCAGCAGCCCAGCCCCGCCUCCAACUCCAACUCACCAAGCACCCCAGAGGGCUGCGGCACCCAGGACCUUCCCACAGACCAGAGCUCCAGCUACAGAGAGCCUUCACCGAGCCCUUUCUCCGCCAGCGAUGCCCUUCCGGACCGCUACCAGAACGUAGUCUCUAGACCAGCCUCCCCCAGCCCUCCCCCUUGUACCUCUCUCACAGUUACAUCCACUGUCAUCACCAGCCCUCCUUUGUCCAACAAUUCAAGUAAGUUCAAAAAGAAAUCCAAAAAGCACAAGGACAAGGACCGAGAGAAGGAGAGGAAAAAACGAACUGAAAGAGGCAGUGUUAGUCCUCCUGUUGUAGCAGAGCCCGUCGAGGAGAGCUGCAGAGCCAAAAAGAAACGCAGCUCUGUGGAAGUGGAGAGUGAAGUUCACAAAGACCAAGACAAAGAGAAGCCAGUCCAAUCCACUGAACUGUCAUCAAAAACAGAUACUCCGGACUAUGCAGUGAAAUACACACCUCUGGUUUCCCUCGACCAGCGGCAAAACUACAAAGAUGACUUCAACGCAGAGUAUGAUGAGUACCGCCAGCUGCACGCUCGCGUGGAGGGCAUCACGCGCCGCUUCACCCAGCUGGGGGCGCAGUGUCGGAAGCUGACGCCAGGCUCCAAAGAAUACCAGAAUGUCCAAGAAGAAGUUGUGAAGGAGUACAAAAAGAUGAAACAACACAACCCCAGCUACCAGGACGAGAAGCAGCGCUGCGAGUAUCUGCACAACAAACUGGCCCACAUAAAGCGCUUGAUAGCUGACUUUGACCAACGCAGAGCCCAGUCCUGGUGCUGAACGCAGCACGGGGUUUCUUCUCAUCAGUAUUGUGAACAGAGUGUCCACCCAACUCACUCUUAUUUAUUAACAUUUCUCUAUUUCCUGCCUCUGCAACAUGCUCCUGUUCUCUUUGAGCUUUGACUCUACAGGCCUUUUUUUGUUUUUUGUUUCCUGCAAUUUAGAGUUCUGAUUCAACUUUCCCUCCCAUCCUUUGCUUUCUCCAUGUAUGGUUAAACUAGCUCCUGUGGAAAGCCACUAGGAGGACUGCAUGAGAAACGAGGCGUGUGGAAAGAACUUCAGCUCCAACUUUUGAAAGACACUCUUUUAGGAAAUAAAGUAUUUUUGAGCAUCAGAGAAAAUAUUACCUUGUAUUUAAGUAAAAUCUAAAAAAAAAAAAAAAAAAAGAGGGAGAUCUAUUUAUUUUGGGACUCAUAGUAAGCAAGAGUCAGCAGAUCUAUUUAAUUCUUCUCAACCCCCCAAAAAAUUGCCACAAGCCUUAUGUAUUUUGACUUAGUGAAGCAAUUUUGCACAGGAGAUUGAAAGAUCAUCUCAUCUGCUUCGUUUCUCCUCUCUUGAAGCAAAACUGUACUAGAAAACUUUAUUGAAUCGAGGCGGACAGAAGAGGAAGGAAAUGAAGCACUAAGAAGAAAUCACUUGAGCUCAUUGAGAAUCAACAGACUGUGUGCAUGUGUUAUAAAAAAAAUAUAUAUAUUAAAAAAAAAAACACACAGAGGGGAGGGUGAUUUAGGUUUUUCAAGGAGUAGGAACCUCGUGUUGUCACUCAUGGGGGAGGAAGGGGUUGUUACUCCUUUGCACCAAACAUUGUGUUACGAAUAUGGUGCCUUACAACGUUUACAUGCAGAAACGUGCUGGUGAGCCACAGACCUAUGCAAAGGAACUACAACUGCCUGGAGAGCGUGCGAUUGUGUGAGGGUGUGGACACCAUGUGGGGAAAGAAAAGAUGGGGCGUUUAAUUGUGAAGGAGUAUUUGUGAGUCUGAGUAUGUUUGAGUUCUCCUGAGUGAGUAAAUAAGUGCAAUCAGGAGAAAAUGUUAUUAGAUGCAUUAAAAAAAAAAACUUAAAAAAAAAAGCUGCUACAAUGUUUAACCAGCCAGCAGUCGGGAUCAACCUGGCUGGAGUGAGUAUCUGAUCCUAGUGGAAGAUGUGAAGGUUCCUUAAUUUUGCCGAGCUGUUCUGCUUUAGACAUGAAAGGGAGUUCCCGUUUCAUGAGCAGCAAACUUUUUCUGUUCUUCAAAGAAGCCACUUUGUCAUCCAUCUGUACUGUGGUGUUUCAAAGGAAAUUCUCUUGUUUUCCUUUCAGAGCCGUGCAAGAUCUCAGUAGCUCGUUUUUUUUGUUUGUUUGUUUUUUUCUCCCUCUCAUUUAAUGCAGAUUUAUUUUUCACGGAUGGAUGACUUCUGAUCUGUUCUUCAUUUCAACAAGGGAAAUUUUUUUUUUUUUGUUUACAGACUUGUGUUAGAAUGUUUUGCCAAAAAUUAAAUGCCUUUUCUGGUACUGCUUGUAUGGAGUAAGAUUUCUGACCGGAGAGCGAGAAACAACAUGAAUGUUGAAAAACUCACAUCCACCGAGGAAUCCCACAGACCUCCUGUAAAUGUGACCAGAAACCAGGUCAGCAGUGUUCUAGGAGGACUCUGUCCUGAUCCGUGCUUUCAUUUUCCCUCAAAGAUUUAACGUUUUAUUUUAGUUUUUCUUCUGGAAUGUUGGUAUUCUGUCCAAAUGUCAGUCUCUGCAGCAGACUGGCUGUUAAAAUCAACAAACGACAAAUAUAAUUUCAGCUAAACUUAGUUUUUAGUAUUUUUGACAAAAUCGGCCCCUUGUUUAAGGGUGUCCGAUAAAUGCUUUUCAGUGGGAAAAUCCAGAUUUAUGAAACUUAUCAGACGGCCUUAAAGUUGCAAACUAUCACCCCUGAUGUCCUCUAAAACAUUCUGACCUGAUCAAACAAAACAGUUUUGCUGUAAUUUGGAUAAAUUAACUUAUUUUGGGGUUUAAAAAACGUUUAUGGGCUUUAAAUCAGUCUUAAGGAGGAAGUUUGAAAUGCCUCAGCAGUGUUUAGAAACGGGAAAUUAAGUACAUUUAAAUGAAAUGUCAUUUUGCCCACCUGCAAAUGUAAAACAAACACAUUUCAAUAAACUUAGUUUCACCUGGAAA